AUGGACAGAGCAAAGGGUCAGUCCCAGUCGUCGCGGCACACUCAGAGGGAAAGGUCGGGAAGCGCUACGGUAACCGUGGAUCUGUCUGGCAUGCAGGAUGCUCACCUUUUACGAAGAAUCUCCACCACUCGUCGACCCAGCGGGAUGGUCACCCCCUACAAACCUCGCAAAUCCCGUAAAAAGUUUCAGGUGAUCAUCUGCGCUCUUUUGGUGGAACUGUUUGAGAGAUUCACCUUCUUUGGGAUGGUUUGCAAUAUGAUCCUCUUCUGUACAGUCAAGUUGGGCUAUGACAAUUAUCAAGCAGCCUCAGUGAAUCUGUGCUUUGUAGGAGGUAGCACUCUCACUCCUGUUCUUGUGGGGUGGUUUGCAGAGACGUGUUUGGGAAGGACCAAAGUUCUCUAUCUUUGCGCACUCCUUCAUUUCUUCGGUACUGCCAUGCUCCCUGUAGUGGCGUUCCCAUUUGAAGAUUUUUAUAUUGAUACACAUAACACAAUUCAUCAGCUGGAGCCACAGGAGCAACAGAUUCUCUUCUAUGUGGGGCUGUUUGCUGCGGCACUGGGCAUUGGGGGCAUCCGAGCCAUUCUGUGCCCAGUGGGGGCAUACCACCUCCUGGGUUACAAUCAAUACCAGCUCCUAUCCUUUUUCAACUGGCUCUACUGGCUAGUCAAUCUGAACUCUACUGUUGUGUUUUUGGGGAUUGCCUACAUCCAGCAGUCAGUGGCCAAAAACCUAGGCUUCCUCAUCCCAUUCACCUCAGUUGUGCUGGCCCUCAUAGCCAUACAUAUGGCACGCAACAAUCUCAUCUUUCGACCCAGGAAAGGCAGUUCCUUGCUCACCACCCUGGGUGUGUUCAUGAACUCUCUGAAGAUGUGUUUCCUUCACUACCGCCACCACCUGAGUGGGGAUGUCGGAAACUGGCUUGAUCGUGCCAAAGAGAACAACGGUGGAUGCUACAGUGAGACUAACGUAGAGAAUGUAAAGAUUCUGGUGAAGCUGUUCCCUCUCUUUAGUCUACAGCUGAUAUACCGUGCCUGCAUUACUCAGAUUCCAUCAGGGUACUACCUCCAGACCAUGCAUUCCAACCUGAACUUCAAUGGAUUUCUUUUGCCCAUUGCAGCCAUGAAUGUCAUCAGCAUCCUACCCCUGCUGUUCCUCGCCCCACUGAUGGAGUUCGUGAGCACCUGUCACUUGUCCAUGCAGAAAACACCACUCUCCCCAGUCACAAUGAUUACUAUGGGCCAUGCCUGUGCAGCUGUCUCUGUACUAGUUGCAGGAAUCUCAGAGAUCCACAGGAAGGACUACCCCCUCAUUGAACAGGCACUGUCAGGCAAAGUGCUGCAGGUGUCUUCCAUGGCCUGUUUCAAUCUUGCACCUCAGUACGUUCUCCUUGGUGUUGCUGAGGCUUUGGUCACCCCUGCAUGCUCUCUUAUCUCUUUCUGUCUGACUCCAAGCAAUCUCAGAGGAAUCGCACUGCACUUUCUAACUCUUUUCUAUGGGGGUGGCUGCUUUUUUGGAGCUCUCCUGAUUCAGUUUGUUUACCUUGUGUCUGGAGGGAAUUUCUAUCCAAAUACGAUGAGCGAUGGCAAUUUGGAGAGGUUUUUCUUCGUUUUGGCGACAUUAAUGGCCAUAAACACAAUAGUAUUGUGGAGAGUCUCAUACAGGUACAGAGAUCUGACUGUAGACUUGGGAGGCAAUGUGAGAAGAAACCAGCUGGCUGAGAAGUUGCUCCAAUAUAAAACCUGCCUCCGGUUUUAUGACACAAUUGAGCGCUCUGGAACUUUGGCCUCCAUGGAAACUGUCCUGUGA